AUGUCCUCUCAAAGAAAAGCUAUCAUCAUCGGGGCCGGACCUGCCGGUCUCGCAGCCGCAUUGCGCCUGCAUCAGCAAACCGACAUAUCCUGCACGAUUUACGAGUUGCGACCCGAGCCAACCACACUUGGUGGUGCAGUUGGUAUUCUACCCAACGGUUUACGUCUCCUCUACCGACUGGGCGUCUAUGAGAAGGCCCUCGCUCGAGGCUUCGGCGGCCCUAAUCUGUCGCUCCACUCCCUCCAGGGCCAUACGAUCGGCUCACAAGAUUGGGUUGGAUGGGCACGAGAGAAGACUGGUUUUGGAUAUAUGCGCAUCAAGCGCACGGAUCUGGUCGAUGUCCUGCUCGAGGCAGUGAAUGAGGCUAAAAUCCCGAUCCGUUUCAACAAGCGACUUGAACAGAUCGAUGACAAUGCCGACGAAGUGAAAGUCAUCUUCUCUGAUAGCUCAACAGACUCGGCAGAUAUACUACUCGGGUGCGAUGGUAUCCAUUCAUUUGUUCGGCGGUCUUAUGUCGACCCCGAGUACGCUCCGGAAUACUCGGGCCUAGCGGGUCUGGGAUCGGUUGUCCCUACUUCAGCCUUGACAUCGACAACAACCGAACAGAUCGUGGGUCUCGAAGCGACGAUGACCGAGAUGGGAAUGCUUGCGGUGACCCGCUGUACGCCAGAUACUGACGAGCUCUACUGGUUUUUCACGAAAGAAGUCGCACUGCCUGCUUCAGGAGACAGCCGUGAUGGAUGGGAAGUGCAGAGCAAAGAAGAGGUGGAGGGAUUCAAAGCACCCCUCCUCGAGAUUCUGGAGAAUGCCCAAGGCGAAUGGGGCAAUUAUCUAAGGGAUAUUGUCAGUAACACCUCUGUUGUCAAGUUCUAUCCCAUCUACCGUCUUCCCCCCGGUGGAACUUGGUCCAAAGGUCGUUGUAUUCUGGUCGGCGAUGCGGCACACGCAAUGUCACCACACGCUGGACAGGGAGUGUCAAUGGCCUUGGAAGAUGUGUUCCUGCUCUCUCGCCUACUGGAGGAUCCCUCUCGGCCUCUGGGUCAGAUACGUGAAAAGUAUGACGCGAUUCGCAAGCCACGGGCAAAUGAGAUCUAUGAAAUCGCUGCUCAAAAUGGGCAAUUACGAAGGCGAACGGGACCAUGGGGCUUGUGGUUCAAGGAGUUCGUUUUCUCCAUGGCCAUGAAUCUCUCCUGGGCCUUCGGGCUGGAACGAGUGGGGUUCGGGCAAAAGCAUUUGGUUUACGAUAUCGACGAGGUGGGCCUGUGA